CAGAUGUUUAAUGUAAUCGAAGAAGAAGAAGACUCUAUAAAUAUUUCACUUUCGGAAAAUUAAUUCUACAUUUUUGUUAAUCUGAGCCGAAUUACAUACAAAAUUUAAGAAAUAAUCAAAAGUAUAAGUUUUCUCUACUAUUUACGCCGAAGUGAAUAUGUUUCCAUAAAUUGUUUUUUGUCCGGAAAAGAUAAUACACCACAAAAUACGAACCCACGCAAAAGAUAGAAAAAAUACUUUUUUUUCAUAAACGAUCAAGAAAAACUAUUCGAGAACAACAAGUACCACACAAAAUUAGUUGGAUCAAACAGAUUUACAAUUUAACCAAAAAAAGUCAAUCGGAAAAUUAUUACGGGUCUAAAGAAAAAAAAAACAGAGCUCACACACACUGACUAAAAUAUAAGCAGCAGCAAAAAGAAAAAACACUUACCCAACUAAUACAACAGCAUAUAAAAUAAAUACAUAUAAUAAUGUCCAGGCCAAGACCUAACCUCCGUAUGACCAUACAAAAGGAACCAGAGCCGGAAUUAGUUCCCCCGCGUAAUCUGGACUCGAGUACAACCAUUCAGAUUGGUGAUCGUACUUUUGAAAUUGAUGCCGACAGUUUGGAGAAAAUAUGUGAUUUAGGUCGAGGUGCCUAUGGUAUUGUGGAGAAAAUGCGCCACGAACAGACGGGAACUGUGAUGGCAGUGAAACGCAUCACAGCCACCGUCAAUCGCAAAGAACAGAAACGCCUCUUAAUGGAUUUGGAUAUUUCGAUGCGUUCCAGUGAUUGCCCAUACACUGUACAUUUCUAUGGUGCCCUGUUUCGUGAAGGUGAUGUAUGGAUUUGUAUGGAGGUGAUGGACACCAGUUUGGAUAAGUUCUAUCCAAAGGUUUUCAAAAACAAUUUCAUAAUGGAAGAGAGCGUUUUAGGAAAGAUUGCCAUGUCCGUCGUGAAUGCCCUUCAUUAUUUGCAUGCUCAGCUAAAAGUUAUACAUCGUGAUGUUAAACCAUCAAAUAUUCUAAUAAAUCGCAAUGGUGAAGUAAAAAUGUGCGAUUUUGGCAUUUCAGGUUAUUUGGUAGAUUCUGUUGCAAAGACCAUUGAUGCCGGUUGCAAGCCUUAUAUGGCCCCGGAACGCAUUGAUCCCACUGGCAAUCCGGCCCAAUAUGAUAUCCGUUCUGAUGUCUGGUCAUUUGGUAUAAGUAUGAUUGAAAUGGCAACGGGCAAAUUUCCCUAUAACACAUGGAAAACGCCAUUCGAACAGCUGAGACAAGUUGUCAAGGAUGAUCCACCACGUUUGGAAUCGGGGAAAUUUUCAUCGGAAUUCGAAGAUUUCAUUACGAAAUGUCUGCAAAAGAACUAUACGGCUCGACCCAAUUACGAACAGUUGCUACAGCAUCCAUUCAUAUCGGAGCAUAUACAGCGUAACACUGAUAUUUCUAAAUUUGUUGCUGAUAUUCUAGACUUGCCCGAGUGAUGCGUUGGGAUUGUGGCGGAGAGAAAUAUGUUCGACAACCAUUUACAAAAAAGCAAAGAAUUAGUUUAUAAGCUGUUGCCAUUUUCAUUUCGUAGAAAUUAACAUUAUAUAACUAGUAAACACACAACAAAACACAGACAGAGACAGACAUCAAUCCCAUAAGGCUUCCACGAAAAUAUGUAUUUUGAAGAGAGAGAGAGAGAGAGAGAGUGAAAGCGAAACGUAUAAUACAAGUGAUUUUUAAAGAAACUAAUUCACAAAUCUAUCGGUUAUAGACCAAGAUAAUAAUUUACUGGAACAAGAUUGUAGUUUUGUUAUAUACCAGGAAACUAAGAUAUCCUACUUAAGUCUAUUGAAAUAUGUAUUUCAAAUCUGUACUCCAGUUUAACCAUCAGUUCGGAGAAUCUAGUGUUUUUUUAAUAUCCCUUAAUAAUAGCCAAAAUAGUUACAGUUCUCUCGUGUUGAAACGAACUGAAUUCGAAAAAAAAAACAAUGAUAAUCAAAAUUUAUUUUAUUCGCUUUCUUUUUAGUACUUGUAAUGUAGGAUCGAUUCAAUGCAACCAAGAAAAAAAAAACGACGCAUUAAGUCCAUUGAACUGUAAAACAAAAACUAGAUAUACUUGGAGUUUUGUAAAAUGCCUGCCUCCCUCCAUUGAGAAAUGUGUAGUCUACAAAAAAAAAAAAACAAUAAAGUGUACCGACAAAAUACACUGUAUACUACUGCGCUACUAUAUUUAUAUAUAUUUUUUGAUAAAUUGUAUUUUUUUAUAAGAUAUAAAAGCAGCAAGUUGCAAAAUUAACGCUCCCCUCCUCCUUGAAAGAAACGCAAGCAACUAUAUACACACAUUAAAUAUCCAGCAGUUGUAAGUCAAUUAAUUAUGUGUUAAAAGAGAAUGUAUUUGUACAAAAAAAGUAGAAGAAGAAGAAAAAAAAAAACAAUAACAAAGUAGAAGUCCUGCAGUAUGUAUAACAAGCAAAGAAAAAUCCAAUUGUAAGCAUACAAAUAACCUAUGAAGAAAUUAUGAACUGUUGACAAGUGCUUUAACGUUCUAAACAAAAAUUAAAAUAAAAAAAGUAAUUAUUCAAAAGUAGUUUGUAAAUAAA